AUGGCACGGAAAAAUGACUCUAAACCUCCAGUCGAUCACAUUGAGGAUACAGAAAACCCCGGAAUCACGGACAACAAAACUGGAGAUGCCGCACUGGCGCUCUUCAAUGACCCAAAGGAGCUCCAUUCCUUUGUGGACCCUGCUGAGGAAAAGCGCCUCGUUCGGAAGAUUGACUUGAUGAUACUUCCAAGCCCAUCCGUCUACUAUAUCUUUUUCUAUAUUGACAAAACAACACUCUCCUAUGCCGCCAUCUUUGGAGUCAACAAGGACCUAAAUCUCGUCGGAACCCAGCACAGCUGGCUAUCAUCAAUCUUCUAUUACGGUAUGAACAUUAUUCUUUGGGGAAUUCUUCUUGCGCUUCAUGCAUUAGCGAAGAAUUUCACGACAUUGGCUGUUCUUCGAGGACUGAGUGGUGCUGCAGAAGCUUGCGGUGAUCCAGCCUUCAUGUUGAUCACUGGAAUGUGGUACACAAGACGCGAACAGCCCAUCAAGAUCGGCUUGUGGUACUCUUCCCUGGGCUUUGGAAUUGUGGGUGGAAGUCUACUGGGUUAUGCAAUCGGCCAAAUUAAACGGUCAUUACCAAGUUGGCAGUACGAAUCCAUCAUCGGGGCUUUUUGCGUUUCUUGGGGCAUUAUCAUGUUCAUCAUUUUGCCCGAUUCUCCAGUCUCGGCUCCAUUUUUGAGCAUAGAGCAGAGGAAAUCGGCAGUUGAACGACUGCGCGAAAAUCAGAUUGGAAUCGAGAACAGGAAUUUCAAGCGCUAUCAAUCGAUUGAGGCUUUCGCAGACCUCAAGGUGUUGUGA